AUGUAUAGCGAGCGAAAAUGACGUUAAAGAGAAAAAUAAAGAUUAUUCGAAGAAUGUUGUAAAAGUGACUUGGUGUUCCUAAUAUUCACAUUUAUUUAUUUCAAUAUAAGAACAGUUCAUAUAGAACUAAAAAUAAGUGAAAUAAUUUUGAACAUAUAUUUAAAUAAAAUUUGUAAUAAUGAUGAAAUACUCAACAUCACCUACACCUUCGACAAGCUUCCCUCGGAGUACUUCUCCUCUGCCAGCUCCAGCAAAUUAUCAGCCAACAACGGCCAGCGCUUCUGUGAAACGAUACAAAUAUUUGAGACGAUUGUUUCAAUUUAAUCAAAUGGAUUUUGAAUUUGCUGCUUGGCAAAUGGUAUACCUCUUCGUAGCACCACAGAAAGUAUUCAGGAAUUUCAACUAUAGAAAACAUACAAAGUCACAAUUUGCGAGAGAUGAUCCUGCUUUUGUAGUGCUCCUUAGUGUAUGGCUCUUUUUGUCCUCAAUCUGCUUUGCCCUCGCGAUGAGUUUGAAUUGGAGCCAGUUAGCACUAUUCGUCCUUUUUGUAGUAUUCGUUGACUUCAUUGGAGCUGGAAUAAUUGUCUCCACCAUAUUUUGGUAUGUAAGUAACAAGUACCUAGCCGUGGACGGCGCGGGGGGCGACGUGGAGUGGGGGUACGCGUUCGAUGUUCACAUAAAUGCAUUCUUCCCACCGCUAUCCUUGCUUCAUUGCUUUCAGAUUUUACUUUUUAACAAUCUGCUGGUUCAUGGAGGUUUCCUGUCGUGCCUUGUGUCGAAUUCAUUUUGGCUCGCAUCAAUCAUAUAUUACCUCUACAUAACAUUCUUAGGUUAUAGCAAUUUACCAAUGAUCAAGAAUGCUCGAGUAUUCCUUUUGCCGCUACCAGCUCUAGUAUUGGCUUUCUUUGGAACGUUGAUCGCGAACUGGAAUCUAAGUCAUAUGCUCAUGAAUUUUUACCAUUAUCGAGUACUUUAAUGGCGCCGAAUUAAAAUGAAAAUAUUAAUUAUAUGUAACAAUCGUUUUUUUUAAUUGAAAGAUUUUAUAUAAAAAAAAAAACAAAAAGGCAUUAAUUAUCUAAGAUUUUUUUUGUCAUAUUAAAAUUAAGUCAUUAUAUUUU